CUUCAUUCUCUCCUAUCUCUUUAAGUCCUCACUCGAGAGAGAGAGAGAGAGAGAGAGAGAGAGAGAGAGAGAAAUAUAGAAAACCAUGGGGAGCAACGACCUUCUUCUGUUAUGUGAUGAGAGGCUGUUCCUCUCGACUCCCUCGCCUUCGCCAGGUUCAAUCUGUCACUGCAACAAGAAUAAUAUUUCUUCGCCUGCUUACGAUAGUUACGCGAGCGACGAAGAGAACGACCAUCUUCUUCGGAAUUACCUUCGUAGAGAGAGAAUUUUUAUGUCUGCGAAUGGUUAUUUGGAGCAGCUUCGUGUUUCUUCGGAGCUACGUGAUGCUAGGUUCAGAGCUGUUCGUUGGAUACUCAUGGCUCGUCGUCGACUUAGUCUACAAUGUGGGACAAUAUUUGCUGCGGUCAAUUAUCUAGAUCGAUUCCUGUCUCUCAACUGCCAUAUUAAGAAAUGGGAGAUUUGGAUGAUAGAGCUGUCAUCGAUCGCAUGUCUAUCAAUUGCAUCGAAGGUUGAUGAAGUCUUCAUUCAUUCUUUAGAUGAUUUCCAGACAGAUGAUCUUGAGCACACAUACCAAUCUAGUACGAUUGUGCGCAUGGAGUUAACAAUCCUCAAAGCUCUAGACUGGCGACUCAUCUGCGUAACUCCUUACUCGUACAUCGACCUCUUCACCUCUUGCCUCCCCUCUCAUGAUUCCUUGCACACUCGCACCGUUGAAAUCUUAUAUCGAGCUCUAUUAGAGAUCAAGUUUGUAGAGUGUAAUGCUAGUGUAAUCGCUGUUUCUGCGCUGAGAUGUUGCAUCGAGGAACUCUUUCCGCUUGAAUUUGAUGCCUACGUCUCAACUCUUGGUCAUCUAAUGCCUGUAGAGUACAAGGCGAAGAUCGACAAGUGCUAUCGAUUCAUGGAGGAGAAGAUCGCUAAUCCUCACUCAUGUCCUACAAGUCCAGUUACCGUCAUUCCGCUGCAGAGAACCAAGGUUUUAGAUAGCUGCGUGGAUAUCGAUAUGCGCUUCUGCAAUAAGAACCCUAGCCAAGAUUUCAAUCAGAACAAGCGAAAAUAUGAAAGUUUGACGAGCUGCUCCUCCAACUGAGUCUAAGCGUGUGUACAUGAUCCUUUGUUCAGCUUUACUUACAGGUUAUGAUUAUCGAUUACUAGUGUUCAGAUAGAUGCAACACUAAAUUGUAACCAUAUUUGAAUUCAGAAUUAUGUAAGUUGAGAUGCACUGAAUAAAAUGGUUUUUCUUUGGAGAAAUA